AUGGCAAGCUCACAACCCAACGCAAAGGCGCUCAAGCGGCAGAAAUUCGAGGCCGUCUUCCCCGUCAUCCGCGAUGAGCUCGUCGAGCACCUCACCUCGCAGGGCAUGCCUCUGGACGCCAAGGAGUGGUACAAAAAGAACUUGGACUACAAUGUUCCCGGCGGCAAGCUCAAUCGCGGAAUGUCCGUGGUGGACACCGUCGAGAUCCUCAAGGGCAGGACGCUGACGGAAGACGAGUAUUUCAAGGCGGCCAUCCUCGGGUGGUGCGUUGAGUUCCUGCAAGCGUUCUUCCUCGUCUCGGACGAUAUGAUGGAUCAGUCGAUCACCCGCCGCGGUCAGCCGUGCUACUACCGGCUGGAGCGCGUGAACUACAUCGCGAUCAACGACUCGUUCAUGCUUGAGGCGGCGAUAUUCUACCUGAUUAAGGCGCAUUUCCGCGGGCAGCCGUACUACGUGCACCUGGUCGAGAUCUUCCAUGAGACGACGUUCCAGACGGAGAUAGGCCAGAUGAUCGACCUGAUCACGGCGCCAGAGGGCCACGUCGAUCUGAGCAAGUUUUCGCUCGAAAAACACCGGCUGAUCGUGAUUCACAAGACUGCAUACUACUCGUUUUACCUGCCGGUCGCGCUGGCGAUGUACAUGUGUGGUAUCGCGCACACGGCGGAGGAUGACCCGUAUGCGCUCGCACAGUCGAUCCUGAUCCCCCUUGGGGAGUACUUCCAGGUGCAGGACGACUUCCUGGACUUCGCGGGCACCCCAGAGCAGAUCGGGAAGAUCGGGACGGACAUCAUCGACAACAAGUGCUCGUGGUGCGUGAACACCGCGCUCGCGCUCGCGACGCCCGAGCAACGGAAGCUGCUCGACGAGAACUACGGCCGCAAGGAUGCCGCUUGCGAGGCGCGCAUCAAGGCCCUGUAUGAGGAGCUGGGCGUCCGGAGGCGCUAUGCGGACUACGAGGAGGAUUCGUACACGCGCAUUAUGUCCUUGGUUGAGAAAAUUCCUGAGACGGAUGCGCGGGAUGGUCAGGUCACACUCAAGCGUGAGGUCUUCGAGGCGUUUUUGGGCAAAAUCUACAAGAGGCAGAAGUGA